CUGGGGGUUCAAGGGGUACCCCUCGCUUCCGCCACCUCCUAGCUAUUGUCCUGGGGCUGGCGAAGGGAGCCCUCUCCAGAUCCUACCUCCUAUUGUCCGAAACCGGUAGGCAGUGACCGGCUCGCUGCGAAGAUCAUCUUGUGCUGAGCUGAUCAAGUACUUUGAAAAUGUCUUCAAAAUUUGUCUCGGUGGCCUUCAUAGUUGCUACAUUAACACUUUCAAUUACGUUUUGUCUCCAACCAGACCAGCAAAAGGUUCUGCUAGUUUCAUUUGAUGGAUUCCGUUGGGAUUACUUAUAUAGAGUUCCAACACCUCAUUUUCAUUAUGUUAUAAAAUAUGGUGUUCAUGUGAAGCAAGUUAAUAAUAUUUUUAUUACGAAGACCUAUCCUAACCAUUAUACUUUGGUAACUGGCCUCUUUGCUGAGAAUCAUGGGAUUGUUGCAAAUGACAUGUUUGACCCUAUUCUGAACAAAUCUUUCUCCUUGGAUACCAUGACUAUUUACGAUUCUGAGUUCUGGGAAGAAGCGACGCCAAUAUGGAUCACAAAUCAGAAGGCUGGACACAUGAGUGGUGCAGCCAUGUGGCCCGGAACAGAUGUAGAAAUUCAUCAGAGCUUUCCUACUCACUACAUGAUUUACAAUGAGUCCGUUUCAUUUGAAGAUAGAGUUGCCAAAAUUAUUGAAUGGUUUACAUCAAAAGAACCCAUCAAUUUUGGUCUUCUCUAUUGGGAAGACCCUGACGACAUGGGCCACAGUUUGGGCCCUGACAGUCCGCUCAUGGGCCCUGUCAUUACAGACAUCGACAACAAGUUAGGGUAUCUCAUACAAAUGCUGAAAAAGGCCAAGUUGUGGAACACUCUGAAUGUCAUUAUCACAAGUGAUCACGGAAUGACCCAGUGUUCUGAGGAAAGGGUGAUAGAACUUGACCAGUAUCUGGAUAAAGACCAGUAUGUCCUGAUUGACCAGUCUCCAGUAGCAGCUAUCUUGCCAAAAGAAGGUAAAUUUGAUGAAGUCUAUGAGGCACUAGCUCAUGCUCAUCCUAACAUGACUGUUUACAAAAAAGAAGAGAUUCCGGAAAGAUGGCAUUACAAAUACAACAAUCGCAUUCAACCAAUUAUAGCAGUGGCUGACAAAGGGUGGUAUAUUUUACAAAAUAAGUCAGAUGACUUUAUGUUGGGCAACCACGGUUAUGAUAAUGUGUUGGCAGAAAUGCAUCCAAUAUUUUUAGCCCACGGACCUGCCUUCAGAAAGAAUUUCACAAAAGAAGCCAUGAACUCCACAGAUCUGUACCCACUGCUCUGCCACCUUCUCAAUAUCCCUGCCAUGCCACACAACGGGUCCCUCAGGAAUGUCCAGGACCUGCUCAGUUCAACAGCUCCGAGAGCACUUCCUUCCAUGCAGAGUACCACACUCCUCCACGGUAGUGCCAAACGAGAACAUGAGCAAGAAGAACCAUAUGCUUAUGUCAUAGGGGUCUCUCUCGGUAGCAUUAUAGUUAUUGUAUUUUUUAUAAUUUUUGUUAAACAUUUAAUUCGCAGUCAAAUACCUGCCUUACCAGAUAUGCAGGCCGAAAUAGCUCAGCCAUUAUUACAAGCCUAAUGCUACUUAGAAGUGGAGGUCACAUAAUUCUGUCAGUGUUCAAAGGUUUCAAAUUCUAGGAAACCACCCUCAGACAUUUGCACAGACCACUAAGCAGUUAUAUACAUAUUCAGGCACAAUCUCUUCAACAUGCACUUGCGCACACACAGAUGGACCAAAAUACACAUAUCUGCAAAGCAUAAAAAAAGGUGGAAGUAUGUUUUCAUUGUUCUGUCUGGCUUAGGAAGAGAUAAAAUCCUGCUCUAUUUUGACUUGGCACAUAUAAUGUAUAUAUUUAGCAACUUUGCACUAUUUGAAGUACCUUAUAUAUUGCACUUUAAAUUACUCUCCUAAUGGGUACUUUUAUGUGAAAUGCACUUUAUUGACAAUUAUGUCUUGUAACCUGGUUGAAAAAAACUUUUUAUGCCCAUGUCACAGAAUACUUAUUUGUCAUUCAAACAAUGAAAUUUCUAAUAAUUCCUGAAUAAUACAGACAUUUACUUAAAUUGGGAGAGCUAGAACAAAGUGAAAACUAUUGAAAGUUAAAUGGGACAAUGCAUUGAAUUUUGGAGAGAUACACUCCUAACAACAGCCUGUAUCUGGGCAUUCCUUGUCAUGUGUCUUUCCAAGGGACUGGGGUUUUCAUUUUAUUUUCUCAGAAGUACUGUCAGAUUCAUUCUAAACAGAUUCUGUCAUAAACUUCAUUAUUGCUAUUUCCUGAUUGGUCAUUUUAAUUUUUUAACUCCAUUACUAUAUAUUUCUUAGUAGUCUGGCACUGGCUUACAUGUUAGCAAUUGGGCAUCAUCUCAGCAAUAUUUUCUCUUGUUCUAUAAUUAUUUGCUCUUUUGAAAACUAAAUCAUUAUUCCAUUAAAAAUCAAAUUAGAUGAAAAAAACGUUUCGUAUCUGGUAAUACAUAGUAGCAGAGCACAAGCAUCUUUUAUAUGUGAAUAUUUGAAGAUCCAAAAUUAGCAUAAACUCUUAGGUAAAAUGUAGGCCACUGAGUCCUUGAAAAGAGGUGUGUGGAGCUUGGGGAAAAAAUUAGGCAGGACCAUCAUUGUUUGCAGCACUAAGGAGUGCCUGAUGGCAAAAACUAGCUCUUAGAAUUAACAGGUGUUGAAACAAGAGGAGCCAUGAUUGUAGCCUUGUUUCAUGAAACACUUGAAUAUUUGCCCUCCCCCAGGUGCUCAGUGGAAUCAAAGAUGAAUCCAGGUUCACAAAUAGACUCUACCUUCUGGGUAGUUUUUCACCUGCCUGGUCACCUCAGCUCCUGUCAUUCCAGCCACCUAGAACUGUGCCUCGGAUCUUUUAAAUAGCUGGGUUGGAGAGAGGGUGGUAUUGCCUAUCGUUUCUAGAGGAAAGAAGCAGCCCCGCAAAGAACAGCUUUCCUUGAAGAAAAUAGAAACUAACAAACACAUGGCCCCAGAAAAUACUGUGAUUUUAUGUAUAAAUAUGCACCAACUGGACAAUUAGGAAAAAUAGGAAAUGUAUUUCAGAAAGAAAGGAUAGAUUAAAGAAUGAAAGAAGCAUGGUUAAAAAUACAAUUGAAUUUAAAUGCUCUGAAGAUGAGGCGGGUGAAUUAUUUUUAAAAUGAUGCCAAUAAAAUGUUAGCACCUAAUUCUCAUUUUACUAUACAACCUCUUAAUAGGAUAGAAUGGAAUUACUGGGAGUGUAAUUCGGAUUAAGAGACUAAGAAGUUAACUGGCAGGUAGCAAACUCAAGAAGUCUGAACUCUGGAUUAGAUAUUCUAGACAUGUGACCAGUCACAUUGACCUGCUUUGUAGCUAUGAACUUAACCUGUAUUAUUCAGAUGCCAAUAUAAUGAUCGAAAGGAAAUUAGUCUAUUUAUCACUAUUCAAGUGCUAUCUGUACAUUUAAUCAAAUUGUUUUCAUUAAAUUGAUUUUAGAAGGUGCUAAUACCUUAAUAGUAAGAACAAAGUAAAUUCUGUAUCUUAUGAAAUCAUUAAAAUUCUGAUACAAACAUUUUGAUUACUAAAUGGUUUCUUUUGUUUACAGAUAGUUACUUUCCUGUGAAAUAUUAGCAAGAGAGUUUACCUGAAGGAAAAUAAAAUUUUAAAGU